ACAAACAGGGCAUGAAAAGACUAAUAGGACUAACGGAUCUUAGAAUUGUGGUACCCUUAUUUGGAUCUAAAGGAAUGUAGGCUAUAGCAGUUUUGCAGCUCUACCAGCCUUUUGCCUCACACUGGAACUGUUUCUGACAAAGUAGAAUCCUGCUGCUUUGUGGUAGGAAGGAUAGAAAAAGAACAUGGCCUGCAUUUUGAAGAGAAAGGCCAUUAUUGCGAUAAGUUUCAUAGCAGCAUUCCUCUUCGUCAUCGUUCGCCUUACAAAUGAAGUAAACUUCCCGUUGAUUCUAAACUGCUUUGGACAAACCGGUGUGAAAUGGAUGCUGUUUUCCGACAAACAAAGGCGGCCUCUCAGAACUCACUAUGGAUAUAUAAAUGUGAAAACACAAGAGCCUCUCCAGCUAAACUGUGACAUCUGUGCCAUUGUUUCGAACUCGGGUCAAAUGGCUGGUCAGAAAGUGGGAACUGAAAUUGACCAGUCUUCCUGUAUAUGGAGAAUGAACAAUGCUCCUACCAAGGGUUAUGAGGUGGAUGUUGGGAAGAAGACGACCAUACGAGUGGUCUCACACACCAGUGUCCCCCUAUUGCUUAAGAAUCCCGAGUACUUUUUCAAGGAAACCAAUAGCACAAUAUAUGUCAUCUGGGGGCCUUUUCGAAACAUGAGGAAAGAUGGCAAUGGCAUUGUGUACAACAUGCUGAAGAAAGCUGUUGACAGCUACCCUGGUGCCAAAAUCUAUGUUACAACAGAAAAGCGCAUGAAUUACUGUGAUGGGGUAUUUAAGGAGGAGACCGGAAAAGAUCGAGUCCAGUCAGGUUCAUAUCUCAGCACUGGGUGGUUUACCUUAAUUCUGGCCAUGGACGCCUGCUAUGGAAUUCAUGUCUAUGGGAUGAUAAAUGACACCUACUGCAAGUCAGAAGCCUUUCGAAAGGUCCCUUACCAUUAUUAUGAGCCAGGAAGAGAUGAAUGUGAUGAGUACUUUCUGCAUGAAAAUGCUCCCUAUGGGGGUCAUAGGUUUAUCACAGAAAAGAAAGUAUUUGCUAAAUGGGCCAAGAAGCACACAAUAAUAUUUACACACCCCAACUGGACACUGUCUUGAUAUUGGUUCUUUUUUAGUAUCAUAAUAUUACGAAAAUGCCUCAGUUUACAAUGAUCUUGCUUACAUCUAACAGAUUUCUUACACUAGAUAAACUAAACUAAACUAAAACUAGAUGAUAGAGAAGUUGAUGGAUCAGCUGUUAAGCAAAACUUACCAAUCUGUGGAAGGCAGAUGAGUUGCUUAUUUUAUCACUAAGGAUUAUAUACUACAUAAUGCACUUUACAUUUUGACUGCAUUUUAAUUAAAGACAACAGCCAUUUCCAGAUAGCAGCGAUUUCAUAUUAUAUACAAGCAUGCCCACAGAGUGGUGGCCCUUAGAAACUUUCCAGUUGCCUUAGGUAAUUAAAAUGACUAUUUGCAGUUAAUUAGCCUCAAGAUUUGCGGUACUAAAGGUAACUUCCUGUAGGCAAAUAUAAGGGAAGAUAGUAGAUUCUGAGGUAACUGUAUUUAUUUGUCUUACAUACAACUGGAUAGAUUUUAAGGACCACCAAUGUGGCAGUGUAAAUAUACUUUCACAUGCAUCCACACUCCCUGGCUGUGCUAAAAUUAGAGAUGAGGUAAAUACUGAUUCCUGAACUAUAGAUAACUCCCAUGUGCACAGAUAUUCAUAGUUUGAAGACCCAUAGGUAACACAAGCUCUGGUUACCUACUUACUUCCAUAUUGGUUGGCCUCCAUCAUCUUGAAUGAUGUAAUUCAUCUGGACACCAUCUCAAAUUGUAGUAUUUUUGGAGGAUGACGAUCCAGCAUCCACCAACAUUAGUUCACUUUUUGGGACGUCACCCUAAAUUGUACCUGGUUUUUGAAACAACAGCUCUACAAAUGGUGUAAAAACAUGAUGAUGGGGGAUUCCUAGGGAUACGAGGACAGGACUUGGAGCACAAAACUCCUCUGAGUUCUGAUCUCAGUUUUAACACUGAAUCCCUUGCAGCCUUGGACAAUUUGUUUCACCUUUCUGCCUCAGUUUUUCCACCUUUAAAAAUGGGGAUAAUGCUUAUCUACCUCACAAAGGUCUUGUGAGGAUUAAUUAAUGUCCAUAAAGUGUUUUGAAGGUGGAAAAUGGUAUAUUAGCAUUUAUUAUUAUGGCCUCACCAAUGGCACUUGGCAUAGCCAACAUACAAGAAUGUAUUUGAGGAAAGUGGCAGCCAUGUCAGGAUCUGAUCCUUCAAAAUGCUGUGCCCCUCUUUUUAUACUGUGUGUUCUUCCUAAUGCUGAGUUCCCUCCACUUUCAGUUAGAGUUGAGAGUUCUUGGCGCCUCACAGGAUUAUUGCAUCAAUGGGGUAGCUCUUGAGUUUUUAUACUUGCCCAUCUCUAAUUCAAAUACACUGUACAAAGUGAACCAUCACUUAUUUCAACUGCAGCAGAACCAUUUUUAAUUUUAAGAUAAUUCAACUAAACAUGUGACUUUUUUACUGUAUUUAAAUUAAUGUUUAAGUCUCUUUCAGUUUGAAACAUUUCCUAAGAACGUUUUAGCACCUGGAAUGUCAGCUUCAACACUGUAAUAACCAAUACUGUGAAACUUGAAAGAAGUGUGUGUGGUGCACUCACACUAUUAAAUAGGAAACUUCGUAUGCUUUUAUAAAUCAUGAAAAGAGGAAAGGAAAAACCUAUUUUUACAUGUUGCAGUGGUGUUAUAGCUGUGCUGGUCCCAGGAUAUAUGAGAGACAAUUACCUCACCUUUCUUGUCUCUCUAUUUUUACAUGUAAGUAUUUGUAUACUGACUGAAUUGCCUAAUGUAUAUUUGUAUAUGUAAAUCUAUAUUUGAUAUGUCCGGAGCAUAUGUAUUCUUCUUCAACAUCAUUAAGUGCCACCCUUCUGUAAUGAAGAGGAAACACCAUUCCCCUUUGUUGUUGAGAGUGAUGUCCAUGUUUCUUCUUUGUUUCUCUUGGACUAUGCCACUGGCUUUUUCCAUUGCAGCAUCUUCCUGAUGGUUUUUAAAAUACAUGAGCUUUCUCCUCUUAUUACCUAUUGUGUGCCAUAGGUGUGCCUGGUUCGUGGCAGGCAAAACCCUGAUAGGCUUUUGGUUAAGGCACUGGACUAAGCCUUCGGUGAUUUAGGUUCAGUGUCUGGCUUUGUCACAGGUCACUUGAUCUCUCUCUGCCUCAGGUCCCCAUUUGCAGAAUGACAAUUAUCACAUUUCCUUACCCUGUACUUCAUCUUUUUCUUUGACUGCAAGCUUGUCAAGCCAGAUACUAUCAUGCCCAAUGUGCCUGUACAGCACCUUGCACAAUGGGGCCACAGUCUCAGUUGGGGCCUGUAGGCACUUACAUAAUAUACAAAUAAUAAAAAUAAUUAUUAAAAUGCCUCCUCUCCCAAGAGUUUAAAAUCUAUUAUAGACCAAUACAGCAAGGACUGAAAGAAAGCAAGGAUGAGGAAAGGGUAAUGUAAGGAUGAAGGUUGCAGCUGUGAGCCCAUGAACUAGAUUUGCUAUGUUCAUACAUAUCUUGUCAAUUUGAAUGGAUAGAUAGAAAGUUAAUAAAAGGAGCUGCAGUGAGGGAUUUAAAGGAAGAACAAGGGAUGCUGGGCACACUGCGCUAUGGGGAAUGUUCUCUGCUUACGGUACAAGGGCAACAUGGGGAAAUGUAUGAAGUCACUUGUGGGGAAAGGAACCCAAAGGGUGAACAUCAGGCGAGACAAAGUGGCAGAAUUAAAAGGCUUAAUGGGGAAGAAGGGGGUGACUAGUGAUGAGAUAUAGGCAGAAAUUGUGCAUGUGGGUGAGAGGAGCCUUCAUGUGAGAGAAAUCUUGCAUGAUAGGUCGUAGAUUCCUCAGAUCAGUAGCCUACAAUUCUUCUACAAUAUACGCUUUGGCAAAAUGCCCUCCAUCCCCUCUCUCAAAAAUAUCAAUUUUUUUCCCACAAUAAGGACAGAAUAAAGACUGGGUGAUCCUUUAUCCACAUGUGGAAAGGACAAUAUUUCAAUAUCAUUCCAGCAUAAAGGCAAGAUAGUUUUAAGAUAAUUAGAACUUGUUCAGAUCAACAUAAAUCUUUUGUAAAGUGCGUGAAGCCUUAUUCUUAAAAAUAAACAGUCCAAUGCAAAUAUUUAAUACAAUUAUAUAACAUCCUCCAAGAGUAAUUAGGACAUCCCAAUCACAAAUCCACAAAUGGUGUUUUGCAUUAAUGUAAAAAACGGGAGACCUAAACUGGUUAAAAAUUUGCAGUGUGUGUUUACAUAUAGCGGUUAACACGCAUUCUGCUACAGAAGGCCAAUCUUUUGUAUGUAUUCAAUUCUGAUUUUGCAUUCUGUUCAGCAUUUACAGUAUAUUAUAUGGAAAAAAUGUGCAGCAUGGCUUAGUGGAUACGGCACUGGAUCGGGACAUAGGAGAGAGAGGGUCUAAUCACUGCUGUGCUAUUGGCUGGAUGUAUGACCUUAGGCUAGUCACCAGUCUAUGCCUCAGUUUCCUCAUCUGGAAAAGGAGGAUCAUGAUACUGACCUUUAUACAGCAAUUUGAGAUCUACUGAUGACAAGUGCCAUGUAAGAACCAGGUGGUAUUAUUUCUUUAUUGACUAUAGAGUUUCUAUGGAAAUGUUCACUGACAUUCCCCUAUUCCUGUACAAAUGGGAACUAAGACAAAGCAUUUCAGUGUGUUCUUAGGUGCAUUGCUGAAUAGGGAUAGAGUUAAA